GUAGUUCCUUCUUUCUCAAACGCAAGGCCGCCCAAAUCAGAAAGCUUCUCUGCAUUUCUGAAUUGGUCUCUUCUCAUCUCUGCUCCAAUUCCAUCUGUCGCACCUUUAUUCAUUUCUCUCUGGUAGAUGAAGAUUCUGGAAGAUGGGGUUUCGACCGGAUUGUGUUUCUGCUUGAACCUUCAUCUUCAACUUCUUGUGUUACCAUGGUCUUCUGAUUCGAAGCUAUGAGUGCCGUCAACAUCACCAACGUGACGGUCCUUGACAACCCUGCUUCGUUUUUGACCCCCUUCCAGUUCGAGAUCUCAUACGAGUGCUUAACUCCCCUGAAAGACGAUUUGGAAUGGAAGCUCAUAUAUGUUGGAUCUGCUGAGGAUGAAACGUAUGACCAAUUAUUAGAGAGUGUACUUGUUGGCCCUGUCAAUGUUGGAAACUAUCGCUUUGUAUUGCAGGCAAACCCACCAGACCCAUCCAAGAUUCGUGAAGAAGAUAUCAUUGGCGUCACAGUGCUCUUGUUGACCUGCUCUUAUCUGAGCCAAGAAUUUGUUAGAGUGGGAUACUAUGUGAACAAUGAUUAUGAUGAUGAGCAAUUAAGAGAGGAACCCCCACCUAAGGUUAUAAUUGAUAGGGUUCAAAGGAACAUUUUAUCCGAUAAACCGAGGGUCACUAAGUUCCCCAUCAAUUUCCAUCCAGAAAACAAUCAGAGUGGGGACCAACCCCCACCGCCUGAUCAGAAAGAUAGAAAUGGAGAAGACCCGCUUGCAUUUCCUGAUCAAGUUCCCCCAGAUGAGAAGGAAUCUUAACAAUUUGCAGGUACUCACCAAACCAUCUCAAUUUGAGCCAUGGAAUUUCGCAGUCGAAAUAUAUGCUUCAAAAUAUCAACAUCAGGGGUGUCAUGAUGAGCUCAAGAUCAUCAAAAUUGUUAGAUAGUGCAAUAUUGUGGAAUCAGUAACUGAACCACAGGGCUCAAAACCUGCUUGUGCUUUUUCAAAAGCCCUGAUUGUCAAAAUCCAAUUUCUUUCAAUAUCCCUGUUGUAGACUAAUCCUUCCUGCUUUGUAAUCUAAGAGGGAAAUGCACAUUGUUUUCAAGUAUCAUGAUCUCCCAAUUCUCGUUUGAUCCA